AUGUCGUCGCGUACGGAAAAUACCGCCGGAGGCCACGACGGUGAAAAACAAAUUCGCCUUGACGGAAAUCCGUCAGUCGUACGUAUGCGAAAGCGCCUGGAUGGGGCUCGAGGAUGGGGUGUGGAGGAAAAGCCUGGAACGGGUCGGAAAAUCAGCAGUCUGUUGUCAAAAGGGUUUUCAGUGUGUGUGUGUGUGUGUGUGUGUUGCGAAAAACUGACGGUGCAACAGUGCGGCGGCGGCAUCGCGUCGUCGGCGGCCCGGUCAUCAAUCAACCGCCGCCGCCGCCGUCGCCGGGGCCGGAGCACAUGUUGCGCUUCGUUCGCGCGCGCGGCCAAUCCGAAGGGUUAA